AUGAGUGCUUACACAUAUAAACCAGUCUCCAAAUCCGAGAUCCGCCUCGUCUCUUUCAAGACGAGUGGAUCAGAUGGACAACAACUCGAAGCCAGCAUCAAGAACGUGGAACUCGAUCCAGAUCAUCCCAUCACAUACACAGCUUUGUCAUAUUGCUGGGGAAUUGCGGUUGAGCGAAUUGAGGUCCCUUGCGAUGGAGAGAUGCUCAGUAUCACAAGCUCCCUCCACGAGGCGCUGGUUGAGAUUACCAAGUCUCGUCAGAACGAGGCUCUGUGGAUCGAUCAGAUAUGCAUCAACCAGGAAGAUAUGGAUGAAAAGUCUGAGCAGGUUUCAAAGAUGAACAUGAUUUACGACAUUCUCGCUUGGCUAGGCCCAGCAGUAUACAACACAGAACUGGCCAUUGACUUUGUCAAAAAGGUCGGCGAUGUAGCACUCCCCACAGCAACAGACAUGUUCCGCUGGGACAGCUACGGCGAGGCUCACGAAGAGACCAAGCUUGAGCGCACCGAGGAAUUGACCAAUGAGCAAUCUGGAGAACUGGGUCUUCCUUUCGAUGACGAUAACUCGUGGACUGCUUUCGUCGACUUCUUUGACAGACCUUGGUAUCAACGUAUGUGGACAGUCCAAGAGAUCAUCCAAGCCCGCAAGGCAAUCGUACAAUGUGGACCACACAGUCUUCCAUGGGAGCAUGUCAGCGCUGCUGCAAGAUGGUACAUCUACAAGGCCGGGGCCAUUCGACAGGAUUACCCACGAGAAGUCGACGGGGCUCGUCUGGUAACGCAAAUGACUACCAUCGCGUGGCGUACGAAGAUGGGCAGCGAGUACUACCGCGAGCUGUUCAAUCAAGAGGCACGCCCGUCGUGUCGAUGGGGCAUGCGCGAUCUUCUAGAAAAUCUACGACCUCGUCUCGCGACAGACCCUCGAGACAAGGUGUUUGCACUGUUGGGCAUCAGCGACAUCGAUCGUGAGCUCUGGGACGACAGGGGCAUGACGGUCAAUUACUCCAAGUCUGUCGAGGAUGUCUUUACACAAGCGACAGACGAAAUCAUCAAGUCAGACACUUCAGACCUUAACGUCAUUUGGUCUGCGCGACAACGAAACGAUGAGGCUGAAUGGCCGAGUUGGGUUCCUGACUGGAGACUAGAGACAGGGACGGGAUGCGCAUGGGGCAUCGGUGCGCCUUUAAAAACAAAGGGCAAACCUAAUGGGGAACAUGUUUAUAUCCCUACGACGGAACCUCGUUCGUUGGCAGUAAAAGGUAAAGUUAUCGGUCGAGUGACAUACAAGAACGAGUAUCGACAUUUCGGUGAACUCUUCAGAGACAGCCACCUUCGGGAAGUCUAUAACGCCUGCAUGGAACGGUUAUCCGUUUAUCCCACCGGCGAAGACGUUAAGACUGCCUUUGGACUAACCUUGAUCGGCGGCCUCCCAUUCCCUGCAACUCUACAGAAGAAAGAGACAUCAGUAGAAACAUACGCGGCAAUGUACAUGCAGUUCUACGAUAAUACGCAAAUGCCAAUGGGAACUGCCGAAGAAAAGGCAAAGCGAGAUGAGGCGCUUGCAGAAACGUAUAAAGUUGGGCUAGACAUGACGUGGUUGCAAGCAGUUCUGGCUGCGUAUUGCGAGCGGCGAUUUAUUGUGACCGACAGUGGACACAUGGGGCUGGCGCAUCACCAAGUCUUGGAAGGGGACGUUAUUGCUGUGGUGAUGGGUCUCGAAUGGCCGUGCGUUUUACGACCGAAAAGCAAUGGCGAAAAGCACGAUCAAGGGUACGAGUUUAUCGGGGACGCGUACUGUCACGGUGUGAUGAAUGGAGAGGCCAUGGAGGGGAUCAUCAGUGGAAACGACGAGGGACAGGUCUUCACUCUGAGGUAG